CUUUUUGCUCCACAAAUGCUGUUCUCAAUGUGAAUGCGAUAGAAUGAUUGCUGACCCUAAAUCCGAGCAGUUUAUUACGUGGACUCAGCUCGGAACGUCGUUCGUCGUGUCAAAUAUAGGAGAGUUUAGCAGGAGCAUAUUGGGCAGCCACUUCAAGCACAAUAACUUCUCGUCGUUCGUGCGACAACUCAACAUGUACGGUUUCCACAAAAUCAACCGUACGCCUCGUGCACAGCGUACCUCUACCGACUCGCAAACUUGGGAAUUCUCUCACCACAAGUUUCUGCGGGGACGUCCCGACUUGCUCGAUGAUAUCAAGCGCAAAGCACUAGAGCCCGAUUUGGGCGCGAAGCAUAGAGUCGAGCUACCGGGAGAGGUGGGCAUCCUUCCAUUGCCGCGUUCUUUUCGCCUUCGUGUCGGGAUUUUCCAUGGCAUUUGUUCUCCUCCUCGGAUUAUCAUCUCAUCAUUCUUUGUCCCCAGGUCGCCGCACAACUUGCAGGCAUGCGUGAUGAUAACCGCCGCUUGUGGGAUGCCCUUGUUCACGAGCGUCGCAAAGUAGAGCGCCUCACCAACAUUGUCACAAGGUUAUGGGAUCUCGUUGGCAAAGGUUUCCCUGGUAGUCGUGAGUACAUUUCUUUCAUUUUGACUUUCUUUCGUUUUUGCUUUCCCUCUUCUAUUCCUUCUUCAAUGUAUUCGCCAGUUCCAUUUUACACGUCUCCG